AUGGAAUUCCCAAUCUCCCCUCAAACGAUCCUCGAGUUCAAACUCUUUAAGGAAGAGCUUCACGCCUUGCUCGACAAUGUUCUGGACCAAGCUGAGACCCUGCAGACCACGGCAGAAGAACCUGUCGUUCUCGAUCGUGAUUGGAUAAUCGGAACAUUGAAAGACCAAAUCACCGCGGAAAAGUACGUGCUUAAGCCUGGAGCCGUGCAAGUCACUGAAGGUCUUGGCAAUCUCUUGAAAAUCCCCCGAGAGCUGAGAGACUUGAUAUAUGGCUACGCCAUUGUCGGUGGCCAGACAGCGAUUGUGCGAGCCUCCAAGCAGACGCACAAGGAAGCCAGCGAGCUCAUCUUCCAGAACGGCAUCUAUCGCUUGGUCAUCGGAUUCGGAGACGAUAUCAUCAACCCUCCGCUCAGCCAAUCUUUAGCCAAGAACAUCAAAAACCUCAUCCUCCGAGUCAAUGGGCGAGGUUUUUUCAUUGACGGCGUUGACGAGGAUCUGCCCAUCUUACACAUGUUUGACGGGUCAAAUAUCCAGCGGAAGGAUUGCGUUGUGACGGUUGUGUGUGACCCCUUCUGCGGCGAAAUGGAUGCCUUUCAGGUCGUCCGCGCUUUGGACAAUCUUACUGGAUUCGAGAGAGUGAUCCUGGAGCUCGACCUCGAGUGGUGGGGAGAGCCAUGGCCUGACACGAUCGAUGAAACCCAAGAGUAUCGGAUUUGGGCACGCAUUAACGGGGCGGUUCACCAUCAGAAAAAGCUGCUAGAGCCAACGUUAGGUACGGGUUCCUAUAGCUUUGAUGAGAAGGGUUUGCGCUUGGCUUUUCAUCCGCGGAAGUAA